UUCACUAUCAGUGUGCCGUAUAGAAACCAAAUAAAAAUCAACAAAAGAGAUUAGAACUAUCUCGAUCUGCUAAGGAGCCGCCGUCGGCAGUAACGAUCGAUUGUCGAAGCAGUUCAGUUCCAACGAGUAGUGAAUUGCUGAAAGAAAAGAUGAAGUGGGUAUUAUUUUUCGCGUUUUUAGUGAUCGAAAGGAUCUCAGCUGAGUUAUCAGAAUACACCACAUCAACGACCAGUUUCACGUGUGAUUUCUUCAAACAAGCCUACAACCCGGCGGAAAAUGUCGUUAUCUCACCCGUUUCCAUCCAAACGUCUCUGUCGAUGUUCUAUCCAUUUGCCGGCAAUAAAGUGGCUCCGGUCAUGCAACAAUGUUUAUACUUGCCAGCAGAUAAAAACCACGCCACAACCAAUCUGCGUAGUUUCCUGCAAUCGCUGAAUGCGAAAACCACCGCAGGAACUUCGACCUUCAAGAUGCUCUCCAAAGUGUAUCACGUCGACGCCAAUCUGAAACCGCAAGUUGCGCCUCUGUUCAAGGAGUCGUUCGGAGCCGAGAUCGAUGUGGCAGAUUUCCAUGACCAGGCGAAGGUUGCCGCCGAGGUUAACAGCUGGGUGAACCGAGCGACAAACGGGAUGAUCAAAGACUUCAUGCAGGCUGACGAUGUACGCGUGGAUAAUGAUCUGAUGCUGUUGAACGUGGUUGUGCUGAAUGCUUCCUGGGAAGUCCCAUUCAGUGCCGCAGAUACCGAAUCGAUGACCUUCCACUUUGUCAAUGGAGACCAUCCGGUUGAUAUGAUGUUCAAACAAGAGCAGGUUCUGUACGCCAAUCUGCCGGAUCACGGCUGCCAAGCGGUGGAGUUGCUCUACGAAGAGGGAACCGAUCUGUCGAUGGUGAUCGUACUGCCGAUGAAGAAAUCGUCACUGGAAAACGUGGUUCGGGAUAUGGGAGUGGCCUUAUAUGAAAAAAUCAACGAACGGCUGAGCUUGGAACGGGUCCAGCUAGCCAUGCCGAAGUUUACGAUGCGGAAGAAGAUUGACGCGCAGGAGCUGUUGAAGAACAUGGGGCUGACGGCGUUGUUCGAGGAGCUGGAUCUGGACUUGUUGGAGCGGGAUAAGUCGCGUAUCGGAGAGAUCCGACAGACGACGUUUAUCAAGGUCGAUGAAAGGGGUACGGAGGGUGCCGCGGCAACAGAAACCCAAGCCGUGGGACGCGCCGGCUACCCGAACUUCUACGUCGAUCGACCCUUCCUAUAUCUGAUCCGGAAGCGCUCGACCAAGAAUAUCAUCUUCAUCGGACAUUAUUCCGCGUACGAGCAGUAGGAAACCCCUUGGCCAAACUCGGAGGACCUGAUCCAAUUUCACCCGAUCUGCAUCCAACAGAUGGUCUUUCGGUUGCACUUUUCAAAAUGCUCUGAAGCACUAGAAUGUAACAAUUCUGAAUAAAGCUAAUCGACCUUCCUUCCUUGUCA